AUGGAGCCACAGAAUCAAACGAGCGUCUUAGAAUUCUUCCUCCUGGGUCUUUCUGAGGAUACAGAACUGCAGCCUCUCUUUUUUGGGCUCUUCCUAAUCACGUACCUGAUCACUCUGCUCGGUAACCUGCUCAUCACCCUGGCCAUCAUCUCUGACCCUCAUCUCCACACCCUCAUGUACUUCUUCCUCUCCAACCUGUCUUUAGCUGACAUGUGUUUCAUCUCCACCACUGUCCCAAAGAUGUUGGUCAACAUCCAGACACAGAGCAAAUCCAUCACCUAUGAGGGCUGCUUGACACAAGUAUCCUUUUAUUAUUUGUUUGGAUGUAUGGAUAGUCUUUUGCUCACUGUGAUGGCUUAUGACCGACUUUUGGCCAUCUGUCACCCCCUUCACUACAAAAUUAUCAUGAACCCCCGACUCUGUGGGUUGCUAGUUUUGGUAUCAUGUCUCAUCAGCAUUCUGGACUCCCAGCUGAACAUGUCUUCAGUGGCACAACUUACCUUCUGCACAAAUGUGGAAGUCCCUAGUUUCUUUUGUGACCCUCUACAACUCCUCCACCUUGCCUGUUCUGCCACUUCCAACAAUACCCAAGUGGAGUAUAUUAUUGGUGCUAUCAUUGGUGGUGCUCCAGUCUCAGUGAUCCUUUUAUCUUACAUUCGAAUUAUUUCCUCCAUUCUGAAAGUCUCAUCUUCAGGUGGGAGAUAUAAAGCCUUUUCCACCUGUGGAUCUCACCUGUCAGUUGUUUGCUUGUUUUACGGAGCAGGCCUUGGAGUGUCUCUCAGUUCAGUGUUCUCAUAUUCUGCCAAGAAGGAUGCUUUGGCCUCAAUCAUGUACACUGUGGUCACCCCCAUGCUAAACCCCUUCAUUUACAGUCUGAGAAACAAGAACAUCAAAAGAGCCUAUAGGAGGUUCCUCAGCAGAAUAGCCUACUCUCAAAACGUGUGCCAUAGUUUUUAA